UAAAUGUGGGACAACUGUCUUGAACAGCUGAGAGUAACUGGUCCAUCUGUCUGACACAGAAAAACAAAAACAAUGAGAGGAAACCUACUACAGGUAUUUUGUUUGUUGGGAGUCAUAUUGGGGUUCGGCUUUGGGUUUCUGCUGAGGGCUACAACUGUUAUAACUGAAAAACUAAGAGAAUGGAUGAGUACACCAGGGGAAGUGCUUCUAAACAUGCUUAAGAUGUUCGCUGUAUCCCUUAUCGUGACAAGCGUGCUUUCAGGAGUAACUGGAUUAAACACCAAAAUGUCCCGGAAAACAGCCAUCAUCACAGGAACCUUCAUCUGUGGCUCUACCUUCAUAGUCGUAAUUCUUGCAAUGGUUCUGACUCUCACAAUCCAGCCUGGUGGGGAAGAUCAUGAAGUAAGCAGUUCUGAAGAGGAGUUGUCAAACUUCGUCUUGCACGUGAUGAUACAGGAUUUUAUAAGGAACAUGGUUCCAGAGAGCUUCUUUCAGGCUUUCUAUGAGCAGUACAAGACUGAGAUUGUUCAGAUUAAAAGAAAAGAACCUGGCCUCUUACUUGAUCCAACACAGAAUGUCACUGAGACGAAACUAGUUGGCAAGUAUGUUGAAAGACCCAACAUGUUAGGACUGGUCAUCUGGUCAUUCGUCAUCGGCAUCUUAUUAAACAGGACUGGACACGAGGCAAGAAGCACUGUGGAGGCCAUUCAUUGGAUCAAUGAUGCCAUAAAAGUUAUGCUCAACUGGGUCUUGUGGUACUUACCAAUUGGAGUUUUGUUCCUGAUCGCAGAACAUGUGUUGGAUGUGCCUGACUGGGCUGCUGUCCUUAAACUCACAAAGUUUGUAGGAGUGGUUGCUGCAGGGCUAGCAAUCCAAGUCUUGGUUAUUUUCCCCAUGAUUUACGUCGUUCUCACCAAAAAGAACCCUUUUCUUAUCUUCAUGCAAAUCUCUAGGGCUUUGACGACAGCAUUUAUCAUCGCAUCCAGCGCCGCCGCUCUGCCCGUCACCUUGCAAUGCUGUGAAGAGAAGGUGAAGAUCGAUAAGAAACUCUGCCGCCUUAUGUUGCCAAUUGUCACCGGCAUCAAUAGAACUGGAAUGACGGUCUAUGAAGUGACCGCUACCAUCUUUAUUGCCCAACUUUAUGAUAUCACGCUGAGUGUCGGCCAGCUAAUCGCCAUUGGCUUGUCUAGUUCCAUUGUCUCUUUUGGAGCUGGAGGGAUCCCAGCGACAGGAGCUGUGACCACUAUCCUGAUUCUGACAGCUGUAGGACUGCCUGCAAAGCAUGCUACCAUUCUGAUUGCGUUGGAGUGGAUUCUAGACCAUUUCACUACCCUGGUGAAUGUGCUAGUAAAUGUCUAUGGUGUUGCUAUCACCAAUCAUGUGUGGCAUGACGACCUGGCAAGCCUUGUAAUAGUGCCACGCGCUGAAACGACUUAUUCCAUCAAGGACAUCGAGAUGGACUUAUCCUGUUUGGACUCUGAUGAAGAGCUCAUCUCCUCCAGCCCUUCUUCCCACUCAAGAUCUGCUUGACCUAAGAGAGGGGAUCAUCUCAGAAACAUAGUUACGCCAAGACGCUGAAAUGUCUGGAUAGGGUUGUCAUCGUCCUGGGGUGUCUGAGCUGACCAUUUCCUUCUUUGCCUUUUGUUUUAUUAGGAGGAUGGUGCUAUAUCAGUUUAUUCAUGUGUUUUUUUUUUUGUCUGUUUGCUUUUUUCAGUUUUUGCAAAUACGCAAUUAUCUACUUAUCUCUCCAUAUUUUAUUGAUGUUUAAUUUACUUUGUAAGUAUAACUAUUGUUAUGUGUUUAAAUAAAAUUUAUCUUUACAA